AUGAGCUCCCGUUACUCCGCUGCUGGUGCCCACCAACGAGAUCUCCGUACCCAACUCUUUGCCUCGCCCAACGGAAACAGAACGCCACCCUCUAGAACAGCAUCACCAUAUGAGCCAUCGGCGCUGGUCUCAGCCAAACACAACGAGUCGUUCUUGCUGACUCUUGAAUCUCAGAACAACGACGAAAUGGAAUCUAUGGGCCACAAAGUGGCCAUGCUCAAAACGUUGGGUCAGAAAAUGGGAGUCGAAAUCAAUAAGGGAAUCAAACUCAACGAUGAAAUCACAAACACCUUCGAACAAGGGAAGGUCACCUUGAAGAACACAUACAACAAGAUGGUGGUGAUGAGCCAGCGUGCGGGCAUCACCUGGCGAAUGUGGCUAACGGUGUUUGGACUUGUCUUUGUUUGGUUCUUCUAUAUCUGGAUAUUUUGA